CUCCCCCUGACUUGAGUUUCCUUUUUACCAGGACUAUAUCUGACAUAUCUACUUCUACUGAUUAGUGAUCAGCAAUCCAGACCUCCUAACUGGGUUAUAGCUCAUAUCAAAUUAUUCAUUGAUCGGUGCUCGGACUUUCCCUCCACUGGCUUCCCUUGCGCUCCUCUAAUACGUGCCUGUUUACUCCACUCCACUGCCUUCGAGCCCCCUACGCUUGGGCUUCGACUGCGAACUGAGAACUACUUCAACUUCCUGCCAAGCUGAGGAGAAAUAUUGCAGGCCACAGUUCUUUCUUUCUGGUCUCAUACCAAUUACCGUGCGUUGUGUGUGAUUCGUGAUGUCGGCGUAUCCGGUGGCCUACAAUGGCACGGGUGCCAAUGGUGGUGAUUCCCUCACGGAAGAUCUCAACAUCUACUACAGUUCUGGUGAUAUCGCUUGGGUAAUUACUUCUACUGCCCUGGUGCUGCUGAUGAUCCCGGGGGUCGGCUUCUUCUAUUCCGGUCUGGCUCGGCGCAAGUCAGCUCUGUCACUGAUAUGGCUUUCGAUAAUGUCGGUCGGAGUGGUAUCGUUCCAAUGGUUUUUCUGGGGUUAUUCUUUGGCCUUCUCCCACACUGCUGGAAGUUAUAUUGGAGAUCUGCAGAACUUUGGUUUCAAGGGAGUCUUGGGAGCUCCUUCUGUUGGCAGCAGUAAAGUGCCGGAUAUUUUGUUUGCCGUCUUCCAGGGAAUGUUCGCAGCUAUUACGGUGGCCCUUGCAGUCGGUGCCGUCGCUGAGCGCGGUCGGAUGCUUCCUUGCAUGGUCUUCAGCUUCAUCUGGUCCACCAUUAUUUACGACCCGAUCGCUUGCUGGACAUGGAACUCCUCUGGUUGGGUCUACAAGCUGGGUGGUCUCGACUUCGCUGGUGGUACUCCUGUCCACAUCGCCUCCGGGUCUGCCGCUCUGGCCUACUCCCUCAUGCUUGGAAAGCGUCGUGGUCACGGAACCCACGAGCUCAACUACCGCCCCCAUAACGUCACUCAUGUUGUUAUCGGCACUGUCUUUCUUUGGGUUGGAUGGUUCGGGUUCAACGCAGGGUCCGCCCUGGCUGCCAACCUGCGUGCUGUGAUGGCGGCCGUUGUCACCAAUCUUGCGGCUUCCGUGGGUGGCGUUACCUGGUGUAUCUUGGACUACCGCCUUGAGAGGAAAUGGUCUAUGGUCGGCUUCUGUUCGGGUGCUAUUGCCGGGUUGGUUGCCAUCACGCCGGGCUCCGGUUUCGUCACUCCUUGGGCGGCCUUCAUUUUCGGAGUCGUCGGUGCUGUUGCCUGCAACUACGCCACGAAGCUGAAGUAUGUCAUUCAAAUUGAUGACAGUCUCGAUAUCUUCGCUGUUCACGGUAUCGGUGGCCUUGUCGGCAACCUCUUGACCGGCAUUUUCGCGGCUGACUACAUUGCUCACCUUGAUGGUUCCACCUCCAUUGACGGUGGCUGGAUCAACCACAACUACAUCCAGCUCGGAUACCAGCUCGCCGACUCAGUUUCUGGCAUGGCAUAUUCCUUCUUCGGCAGCUGCAUCAUCCUUUUCCUGAUCAACUUAAUCCCUGGUCUCCACCUUCGCAUCUCCGAGGAGGAUGAGAUUCUGGGUACUGACGAUGCUGAGAUUGGUGAAUUUGCUUAUGACUACGUUGAAAUCACCCGCGAUGUCAUUUCCGGCACCAGCCCCGAGCACGCCGAGAGCUCCUCCAAGCGCAGCAUCACACCCGCUGGCAACGAGGACUCGAUAGAGCUAAAGGCUUGAAUCCGGACUUGAGCAGUCUGUUUCAGACUCUGUGGGGGCGCUAAGAGCCCCACUAGACUUUAUUCCUUUUUAUUCUCGAUUAUAUCCCAUUUCCUUUUCCUUCUGGUUCACCCCACUGUGAUAUCCCCCUCUUCACUGUACAUAUGUGUAUACUUUUCUUUUGUUAUAUUCCCCAUCAGGAUUAAUUAUGCUUCCCUUUUUAUUACUGAUGUGUCUCCUCUGGUUCGGUGUUUGACAAAAAGGAGUAAUUAAAAUGACCUCACAUAUUACGACAUGGUCAACCCAUCAUUCGUCGCCCGUCACUUCCGC